UUAUUUUUUUCCUCUUUCUUUGGAUUGUCUUGGUGAGAAAAGGGAACAGGGAUUUUAAUCAGGAAGUAUGCUACAAUGUUGCUGUUUCUCCUCUGUAGAUUUCUUAUCUACAGUUUGGAUUCUUUACCAGAUUUUUUUUUGGUAAAUGAUGGUGAAAUAGUUUAAAUAUAUAGACAUCCUUGAUUGAACAAUUACAUGUGCAAAACAAGGGGAUUUCCUUCCUGCUUAGAUUCUUAUUUCAAUGUCACUAUCACAUGUCAAAGAUUUGGAGACAGUUUAAUUUUCCUGUCCUUGUAAUUUUCAUUUACCAUUCCAGUCCCUUUAGCACAUGGAAUCCUUCACAGAUACUACUGUACAUUGCCGUUCUGGAUGAGUGGAAGGUCACAGUAAUGAAAGGCAGCAAUAGGAAUAAAGAUCACUCAACAGACGGAGAAGGAACUGGAAAACGACCAAAGAGGAAGUGUCUUCAGUGGCAUCCACUACUUGCAAAGAAAAUUCUUGACUUUUCUGAAGAGGAGGAAGAGGAAGAAGACGAGGAAGAUAUUGAAAAGGUCCAGAUUCUGAGUGCUGAUGGUCUUGAUCAUGAUGCUGAUGAAACAGAAGAUGAGGAAUCUUCAGAACAGCGAGCUCGCAGACCAAUGAAUGCAUUCCUUUUGUUCUGCAAACGUCAUCGUUCCCUUGUCCGGCAAGAACAUCCUCGUCUGGACAAUCGUGGUGCUACCAAAAUAUUGGCAGAUUGGUGGUCUCUUCUUGAACCUAAAGAAAAACAAAAAUACACCGACAUGGCCAAGGAGUAUAAAGAUGCAUUUAUGAAAGCAAAUCCUGGCUAUAAAUGGUGUCCACCUACAAACAAACCUGUGAAAACUCAGUCACCCACAUUAACAAAUCGAAAAAAGCUUUGGGCUUUCCCAUCAGAAGUUACAAAAGAUUUGUCUAGUCCAAAAAAAUUGAUGAAGACAGAAGAAACCCCUCAGCUGAAUUUUGCAAUGGCAGAUCCUACGCAAAUGGGAGGCCUCAGCAUGCUACUGUUAGCUGGAGAACAUGCCUUGACUGCACAAGAAGUUUCUUCAAGUACAUGUCAUUCUGAUUCCCCUAAUUCUACUGAAGGGUGUCUAAAUUCAACAAUGUUACAAUUUGCUGAGAUUUCUUCAAAUCUGCCAAAGGGAACUGUUCCUGAAAAUACAAAAGAAAGUGAUGAAUCAGCUCUACUUCAGUUCUCAGAGUUGAAGGGUCCUGAGCCAAUCAAGCACUAUAGAAAAUCAGCACUUUUCCAGUUGGCUGAGAUGUGCCUUGCAUCAGAGGAAGUAAAAGUGAGAGAACCUGGGAAAGCAAAACCUGAAACAGCCAGGAUUGUCAAAACACUGGAAGCAUCUGAACAGAUGAAAGUUGAAGUUUUGGAGAAAGCAAAAGUAAAAACCGAAAAAUCUCAGAAAAUGAAGAGACAAGAACAAGAAAAGACAAAGGCUGGGGUUUUCGAAGAGGUAACAAGGUGUAUACAUAUUUCAGAUCCAGCUUUGAACAGCAUUACAUUAGUUGGACAUGACAGUGCAACAGCAAAAGUUCCUGCAUGCUGUUCCCAUGAGCUGACAUCAGUAGCUGACAUCAGCACUUUAGGAUUAAACAAACCAGAAAAACUGAAGAAAAAGAAGAAGAAAAAUAAAAUGGACCGACAAGGACUUGAGAAAUGUACUCCUAAAAAGACUUGCAAAAAAAGGCAGUCUUCCGAAUCAGAUAUUGAGAGUGUCAUUUAUACUAUUGAAGCAGUUGCAAAAGGGGACUGGGGGACAGAGAGACUUACAGAAAUGUCCCAUAAGAAAAUUUGCCUUUCUUCUGCAAUGAAGGGCAAUAUUUUGGACACAAAGUCACCAAAGAAGAAAGUAAAGUCAAAAGAAAAAAAAGCACUGAAAGAAAAAUGUUUAGAGACCACCAAAGAAUCAAAGCCUCCUGAUUUUUUUAGCAUUAAAGAUAACAAGAUUGUACCCUGUGAAGUACCUGAAAACACAACAACAGAUAUUCUAACCCCAACAGAGGACAUAAUAUCACAGAGUUUACCAGAUCAAGUAAAAAUUGAGGACAAUGACUGUAAUAAAAAAGCAGAAAUUUGUGGCUCGAGAAAAUCUGAAAGAGCUUGCAAAGGUGCACUGUACAAAACUCUGGUAUCAGAAGGCAUGCUUACAUCUCUGCGUUCCAAUGUUGAUAGAGGAAAACGAAGCUCAGGAAAAGGUGGCAACUCUGAUCAGGAAGGAUGCUGGAAUGAAGAAACUUGGGCAUUUUCCUUAAGUGGGACAAGUGGGAACAAAAAGUUAAAAAGAAGUAAGCCAAAGGAAGACAUUGUUUUGGGUUUAGCAAAGCUGGAAGAAGAAUUUGAGAAGAAGUUCAACAGCCUUCCUCAAUACAGUCCAAUCACAUUUGAUCGUAAAAAUGCCUCUCUACCAAGAAAAAAGAAGAAAGUUGGCAGUUAUGCUAUAGACCAAACAAAAUCUAACAAAG